AUGGAGAAGAUCUUGGAGGAAAGUGCAUCGAUUGAUCCGGCACUCCUCCCAGAAGAUGAAGAGCAAUAUGAUAAGCUGGCGAGUGCGUUGGUCGCAAGACUGAGCAAGAUAUCGUCCCAAGAUUUGGCAUCCGCGAGAAGCGACCUUGAGGCUCUACCACCCUCUGUUCACACCAUCCUCUACCUUCAUAUCCUAUUAGCGAGCAUUGAUUCAUCCAUAGCGAGCGGUAAGGCCGCACCACGACAAUUACCAGCUGCGGUGCUGCCGGAGGGAUCACUAUGGCCUCACAUAGUUCAGCUGCUGCUGGAGUUCGAUACGAUACAGGCGCGAUAUUGUGGAACACAACUGCUGCGAAUGAUCGACUGCAUUGCCGUCGGCGCUGAACAGACAUCAAACUACAUCCCAGCCAUACAACUUCUACACCAUGUCAUCCUAAGGCUUGACAGCACAUCGUCCACACUUACAUCCACCCACCGCACCUUUGUUCGACUUUGCCUCCUCGCACAAGCAUAUACGGAGGCUGUCGACAUUCUAGAUAGGCCUAUCUACCACAUUCCCACCAGCCAGCAUGAUGCCAGCGGUAUCCCCGAGCUCUGCUCUUCUUCGCAGCCGGUCUGGGUGUAUCUAAGUCCGGUGACAGGCCUGACGCAACCGAUCACAAGUCGGACGUACAUGGAAUACUAUCUACUUGGAGGCAUGUGCUAUAUGGCCGCGCGACGAUACCGAGAUGCAUUCUUCUUCCUCGAGGUUGUGCUUUCGGCGCCAACCGUUCAAAACGUCGCCAGCUCAGUAAUGGUCGAAGCAUACAAGAAGUGGCUACUAGUUGGAUUGUUGCUGAAUGGCACACCUCCAACAGUCCCAAAGGCUGCUUCACAAACCGCAAUCAGACAUAUUCGAGCCAUCGCCAAGCCAUACGAAUGCGUUGCUGAUGUUUUCAAAACAAACAACAUCGCACGGCUUCGUGCCGAAAUAGAGGUGGGCAACGGCAUCUGGCAAGAAGACGGAAACUACGGCCUCAUGGCGGAAGUAUUCCAGUCAUUCCGCAAAUUCGCAAUCCUCAAGUUAGGGAAGACAUUUGCUGCGCUUCCUCUGUCUGAAGUCGCCCGGAUGACUUCCCCAGAUGCAUCAGAUGUCAGCGAGACCAAAGCCUACCUUGAAGCUCUGAUUGCCGCUGGAGGCAUCAGCGCAGUGACCACGGCUUCCAACGACAUCUCGAAUGAGAUGCUCCGUUUCUUGCCGGCACCGACCACGCAGACAACAGAGGCUCAAAUAGGAACGGUACUUGGAUCUCAAACUCGUGAGCUUCGAUUGCUCCUCAGCCACGUCCAGGACACCGAAUAUCGCAUGGGGAUUAGUCGAGAAUAUAUUGACUAUCUCAAAAAGUUGAAAAAGUUGAAAGAGGACGAGAAGAAGAAUGCAAUCAAUGCUAAAUUCAACCCUACUGCCGACGAUGUCGAUGAGGACAUGAUGGAAGAACUCUAG